AUGGCACUCCUGACACCCCAGGGUGUGAAGGAAGUCUUCCAGUUUCAGAAACCCCAAGGCCGGGAGCACCUGCGGAGGCUCCUGAACUGGGAGGCGUUUGACGAGCUGAGGGACGCACGUAGCAGCAUUCUGCUGGACACGCUGUACGAGACUGUCAUCUUCGCCGUGGGCAAAGGCUUCCCGUGGGCCGAGGUGGUCCAGGCGGUCAAGUUCACCGAAGAGCUGCUCAAAGAAACCAAAGGCUGCUCCAUCACCGAGGCUGUGACCAUCCUGGGGAACAAGCUCGGGGAUUACCAGAGCCAGUUCAACACCACGCGCCUGCUGGCCCUCUGUGACUACUUCCACAACACCUUCAUCCGCCACUACAAACUCUACCAGUAUGUCCUGGGCCAGGACCAGGAGGUCAACCUGACCGUCACCCACGUGGAGGUGCGCGCGCCGCCUCAGCCCCUCCCCCUGGCCGAGGGCACGGACGGGGACCUGUGGCGACACAAGCAGCAGGUGGCCGAGCUGAGCAGCGCAGAGGUGCAGAAGCGCGUCAAUCUGCUGCUGCUGAAGGAGACGCUGCGCCUGGAGCAGGAGCACAUGCUGCACGAGACCUUCGGCGACGACGGCGCGCGUGCGCAGCCGCGCCAGCCCCUGGGGCGAGAGGCACUGGAGCGCCUUGUCAGCAAGGCUAUCCACAUCCAGAUCGCCUGCCUGCAGGAGCUGCUGCAGUAUGAGAUUCAGGUGGCCUUUGACAUUCUGGACCUAAGGCUGCAGAAGAAGACCCUCAGUCUCAACGCUCCUGUCCCCCUCCUUCCCUCUAUCACUGGCCAGGUGACCCGAGAGGACUUGCCUAAGUCCAAUAAAACCAACAAAGGAAAGAAAGCCAAAGCUAAGAAGUAG